AUGGAUAGCUCGGUCGCGGACCCGGAACAUGAAACGGGCUCUCGCAAAGACCGACCGUGGCUCUAUUCAUCGAAUCGCAAACUACGCCACCUGCAUGGCAUCUCCGUGCGUAACUUGGUAGUUACGCGACCAAAAAAUCGAGCGCGUGGAAAAACAAUUGAUGACGACGACAUCCCCAAUGCCCUGCAAUCGCCGUCAAAGAUCCUCGCACAGAAUGAAACCCGCUCUUUACAUCCUUCGCGUUCCUUUACCGAACUCAAGUCGCACGCGAAGCAAGAUGGCCAUGCAAACCCGACGCCCGAAAAGCGCAACCCACGCCGUCGCAGCACCCUUCCUUGGAACGACCCCAACCCUCGGACACGGCAAGUUAGUCUAGAAGACAUUACGAAAACGCGGAUGGCGGACACAUGGGCUUCGAUACACUGUGAUGGACUUGACGGUCCAGUCUAUAUCACCGAAGAAGUGACUAGGACUACCAAUCCUACGUUCCAAGCUUUUGACCUGAACUUCUGCGGCCCUAGAAUAUCCCGGCAGGACAGAUUGACGUUAAAGCUCUGGACCAAGACGGAGGCAGUCCCUGAGUAUGUGUUGCUAGUAGAACUACAGCUAAAUCUACGGUCACUGCAAUUUCUGGGUAAAACCAUCGAAAGCUUCCAUCAGCCACUCCCUACGAACUCCAUUCUGUUUCACUUCCCGGAUGGAGUGUACACGAAUCUGACGGAUAUCCCGCCUAGCGAGGCCCCUCUCAAUGGUGCUGGUCAGCGAUCUACCUUCGACGGAGUACCUCUGCCUACUUCCUCCUACGACGCAUUGAUGCGAUUGGCAAACUUAGACGAAUGUAUUCAAGAUGCGCUGGCGACUCGAGAAAAACUGGAACAUCAAAUUGGUGAUAUUCUCAAAGGGAAUGAUGGUGCGUUGGCUACUGCGAGUGACGCGUCGAAGGCACUCGAUCGUCUCAAUUCUAUCAAACAAGCAGUUGCUGCCGAGCGAAAGCAAUUUCGAGUCACUUCGAAACGCAAAGAAGACUUAUUAUCAAGUAUCAAAUCUCGGAAAGAAACUAUGAAUCAAGGCCGCGUUUCCCAGGAUAAAGCUCAACGUCACCUCCCCGACGCACAGGAAAAGUUGGUCUCUAGUGAACAAUUGCUAAACUACAACUCGGAAGAGACUAAGGGUCAAGUCCGGCGUAUAGCCGAAGACCUUAUGGUUAUUUAUCCCAUUGAACCUGUUCCUGAUAAAACACUGGCUUUCACUAUCGCCGGUCUCCCUCUUCCAAACUCCCACUUUGACGAUAUUAAUCGUGAGGUAGUCGCAGCAGCACUUGGAUUCACCGCUCACCUGGUAUACUUGCUAUCAUUUUACCUCUCGGUGGCUAUUCCUUACCCAAUAAGCCCCAACCAGUCAACCUCCUUGAUUCAAGAUCAUAUAUCCCAAGAUCUUCCACAACGAACAUUUCCCCUAUACCCCGUCAGCGUGCAUUACCGCUUUGAGUAUGGCGUCUUUCUCUUGAACAAAAACAUUGAGUUUCUACUCAAUAAAUCUGGCAUCCGAGGCUUGGAUAUCCGGUACACUCUUCCCAAUCUCAAGUACCUCCUCUAUAUCUUAACAGCAAGCACCUCAGAAAUACCAGCUCGAAAAGCAGGUGGCAUUCGAGCACUUCUUUCUGGUCGGAUGACCCCGACGCUUUCUCGUCGUGGGAGUGUCGAGAGUGCAGCAUCUGGUGAAUUGGUUCAACCGCGGAAAGCUUGGGAUUUAGUGUCCAGGAUGAACGGGAAUCUUAGUUUGGCUCAUGGGAGAGGGAAGCCCGCAGUACCGGCCCCCCAGCCUCUAUCUUCGCGUGCUGUAUAG